UUUAUAUUCCAGCUGCGCAAGCCGGUGUCGACGCUGUCGAUUCCCGGCGCGAUGAAGGCGUACUCCGGCGGAGGGCGUGACGCGGCGGGCGAGGAGGCUGGCGUCGCGCUCGUCGGGGUGCACAGCGAGUACCCGCGCUUCGGCGAGGAGCGGGCGCUCGGCGGCGGCACCUACAAGGGCGGGGGGACGGCCAAGCACAAACCCAACAUAGGAUAUAGAUUAGGUAGAAGAAAGGCGCUAUUUGAAAAGAGAAAACGAAUAAGUGAUUACGCUUUAGUAAUGGGAAUGUUUGGUAUUAUAAUGAUGGUUAUAGAAAAUGAACUGUCGAGUGCUGGCGUUUAUACUAAGGCAUCAAUAUACUCCCAGGCGCUGAAGACGCUUAUAUCAAUGUCGACUGUGAUUUUACUUGGCCUAAUCGUCGCGUAUCACGCUUUAGAAGUACAGUUAUUUAUGAUAGACAACUGCGCCGAUGACUGGAGGAUAGCAAUGACGUGGCAGAGAAUAGCACAAAUCACUCUGGAACUAGCUAUUUGCGCCGUCCAUCCCAUUCCAGGGCAGUAUACCUUUACCUGGACCACGAAGCUGGCAAACAAAGGAGGCGUCAUAGGAGUUGAAGUCGUGCCGUAUGACGUCACGUUAUCUUUGCCGAUGUUCUUUCGGCUUUAUCUAAUAUGCAGGGUCAUGUUGCUGCACAGCAAACUAUUCACAGAUGCUUCUUCAAGGAGUAUAGGAGCCUUAAACAGAAUUAAUUUUAAUACUAGAUUCGUUUUGAAGACGCUCAUGACGAUAUGUCCCGGCACCGUAUUAUUAGUUUUUAUGGUAUCAUUAUGGAUAAUCGCCAGUUGGACACUCAGGCAGUGUGAAAGGUUUCACGACGAAGAACACGCUAAUCUACUGAAUGCAAUGUGGCUUAUUGCGAUUACGUUUCUCUCCGUCGGUUUUGGUGACAUUGUGCCAAACACUUAUUGCGGCAGAGGUAUAGCUGUUAGCACCGGUAUCAUGGGAGCAGGAUGUACGGCCUUAUUAGUGACUGUUGCCUCGAGAAAGUUAGAGUUGACUAGAGCUGAGAAGCAUGUGCAUAACUUCAUGAUGGAAACACAACUCACGAAAAAGCUGAAAAACGCUGCAGCCAAUGUUCUUCGAGAGACAUGGUUGAUUUACAAGCACACUAGGCUUGUGAAAAGAGUCCAUCCAGGAAGAGUUAGAACACACCAAAGAAAAUUCCUAUUAGCCAUUUAUGCAUUACGAAAAGUAAAGAUGGAUCAAAGAAAACUCAUGGACAACGCGAACACAAUAACAGACAUGGCAAAAGACCCCUUUCUGUUACAGACGCAGAAUACAGUUUACGAAAUAGUAUCAGACAUGAGCACGAGACAAGAUACUAUAGAGGAGAGGUUGACUAGUUUAGAAGAAAAACUCACUACACUACAGGAUCAAGUAAACAGUCUGCCAGACGUGAUGGCUCGGUGUCUCCAGCAAUGCUGGGAGCGAGCCGAACAGCGGAAGAAUUUUCUACAUCCAGACACUGCUGCCGUGCCUACACCACCAUCGUCUUCUAUAGCGCCUUAUGCCAGAACGUUAGCGUCAACGACUCACGCGUGGCCCCCGAGUCCAGUGCUGCAGCCGGCGGGGCGCACGCACUCAGCCCCGGAGAGUACCACCACGCACUCCCCGACCCCAGCGCCGCAGCCCUCCAGCCCCGCUCCGCAUACUCGGCCCCCCCUACCCAGCUGAGUACCGCCUUCCAACUCCGAACUCCUGUGCUGAACUCGACGAAACUCGGCGCCCCUCCUCUGACCCCCCCUUCAACUCCACUACCCAGCGAGGCCGCCGGGAAAUUUGCACCACUCAACGAGGUGUGAUUGUACAAAUACGUAUGCUAAAUACUGAUUUGUUAUAACGAAUUUAUCAUUAACGGUGGUGGCGUCAAAACUUUCAACUUGUAUUUGGUACCCUUUUUUAUACGUGUGCUCAGAGCGAUUUUCAUUUUGAUUUUCUAACAGCGAUGUUGGGACACAUAACUUGGACCAAUCCAUGCUUCUCGAUAUUUAUUGUUUGCACAGUCAUAACAGUUAACUAGAAAAACCAAAAUCACGAGUGACUGUCGUAAAUGACCAAACAGACAACCACUUUGCAGUGACAUAUAAACGAAAAUAAAAAUAUAACAACAUGAGCGUGUGUAUGGUAAUGUACAGUUUUGGUGUCACCUCCUAAAGUUGCCAAUAUUUUAUUACGGAGGUGAAUGUAAUGAGUGUUGCCACGUGAGAUAAUUUCUCCGGCGCGCCGUGGACCCCGCCGCGGAGCGAGCAAAGGCCAGCCGUAGUAUUCUUCGCUGUUCCCCAAGUUUCGGAAGUGCCAGACUGUUUUACUAGUGAUAUUUAGAUAGUGAAUGAAAUGAGGCGGAAAGGACUCGUCGUUGUGAUUAUACAUGAUGCUUUAUCAAUAGACGCUUUAGACGAUACGUUAGAAGAUAUUUUGAAUACAUUAUCAGCAUUAGGAUAGUUAGAUAGGUACUACACGUCUGUUCACGUUUUACCUGAAGUUCGAGGAACCAAAUUACACUGUUUUAUAUGAAACUUCGUGUGUUUUUACUAAGGUUUAUUCUGGAUACAUAAAAGUAAUAUUACGUCGCAUUAUGAAUCUAUUAAAGCACCAAAUCUAAAAUAAUUAGAUAACGCUUAACUAGAUUUUUAUGUGACAGAAAUAGAAUAGUUUGUAACAACAAUAUUGGGAUUAGGUAAAUACAAUAGAUUACACAUAGAAGAACGCAUUUAUUGACUAGCAGUGUUCAGAGUUUGACUCCAUAAUGAAAUGUAAAUUUUCAAUAGGAACAACAAUUGAAACUGUUGUUGGUUUAGAUCUUUAUUUAAUUAAAAUUAUGUAUAACAGUUAGCGGUAAAAUAUUUGGAAUAACACAUACUUGUAUUUAAUAUCACUCGACAGAUCUAGCACUGAAGUCUGAUUAUCAUGAUUUGUUAUUUAUUUGGACAUAGGUGUAUGAGGUCAAACUAUCAUUUUUCCCAAAAUAUUAUAAAGUUUGACUUCGUGAUAUAAAUAUAUGAUCCUGUAUACACACUUUAUUUAGAUUAUAGGUAAAUAAAAAAAUAAACUGUUACUACCUGCCUAUUGACAUGUAGAUCAUAGAUAUUUUUUAAGAAUAAUUUUAGGGAAAAAGCUUUGUAUUGUAUAAGACAUAAGAUUGAUGGCUGUCUAAAUAGUGCCUAAAACACUACGAAAAUUUCGAUAAUUCAGUUUUAUUAUCCGAAUAACUUAUGUAAAUAGGUAAUUUAAAUUUGAGAACAUAAUAUUUAGGAAAUAUCUGAAUUAUUUAGAUGUAUGAGGAUGUGAAAUGGGAACAAUUUCUUUGUACGUUUUCAUUUAGUAACCCGAAAAAUUAUUGUAUUCAUUCUCAGUUUAAAUUAAUCUCGAGUUGCGACCCUUUUCAAUUAAGGCAAUGAAAAUAUUAAGAAGGCAUUAACGUUUACUUAAUUAAAAAAUAAAUAAUACAUAUUUGCUUUUUUUCUUAUUCCCUAGUUAUAAUAAUGCUCAAAGCAUGCUUACGAUUAAAGACCUAAUUAGAAUUUAUUUUGCCCUACUAAAGUUUUUAUAGACUACUCUCUCUGUCCCUAUCUCCGACAUUUUAAAAUUUCUCUGACAUGUUAGUCAAAAUGUAUUCGUAAUUUUAUCCUCUAUGAAAUCUUACGCAUUACCUAUUUAUAAAUAUUUAUUAGUACUUAAGUAAAAAAAAUCUAAAGUAUCAAACUAGUUAUAUUUUAUUUUGAAUCCAUUUUCAGUUAAGUUAAAUAAAAAUACUAUUCGCAUUUAUUUCUGUGAAACAAAACAGAUUAGGUACCUAAUUGUCAUACGUCACUUUUGAUGAUGGACAAUUUGAUUUUUAACUUCUUUUUAAUAAUGGUGCUUUUUAGUGGUAUGUGCGUUAAACGCCAAUAACGGGUUUUGUGUAUUACUUCUGUAAUAUACUUAUUUGUUACACUUUUAUCCACUUAUAAAAU